UACAGAGUCAUUCGAAAGGGCGGUCAGUUUCGUAUUUGCAAAUACAAAAACCAGAGAAAGCUUGCUCGUUUUUGUAGAGUCAGGAAAUGGAAUUGCGUUUUUAUUUCUACAUCAAACCCUAGGAUAGUCAUCACUCUCUCCUACCCCUGCUGGAGUGUCUUUUUUCUCUUUACUCGGCGUCCUCUCUGCUUCCCCUGUGUUCGUCCAUUCCGUUGCUGUUUUUAGUUGAAUCAUCGCCAGUAUUCAGUCCAGAGAAUUUCUCAACAUACAGGUUCACAAUGUCUUACCGCUACAGAAAAGAGAAGGACAUCUGUGAGUCUGACCUUGAAUACUAUGACGAUAGAUACUACAAGAACUUGAAAAAAGGAACUUUUGAGACUAGUAGCAUGAGAGAGAAUGCUAAGCACUCAGCUUCGAAGGGGUACAUGAAGAGGCAUCUUAAUAACAAGGAUAGAAAAAAAUCGAUCUCUAAAACUGAAUUUUCAUAUGAAGCUGAAAUUGAUCAGUUAUUUGUAUAUCCUUGGGUUGGUAUUCUGGCAAAUAUUAAAACUAUGUUGAAAGAUGGCCGAAAAACUGGGGAAAGUGGAAGAAAACUCAAGGAGGAGCUAGCAAGUAAAGGAUUCAAUCCUUUGAAGGUUCAUCCUUUAUGGAAUUGGAAAGGUCACUCUGGGUUCGCUAUUGUAGAAUUCAAUAAAGAUUGGGAUAGUUUCAGAAACGCAAUCACCUUCGAGAAGAGUUUUGAGGUUGAUCAUUGUGGGAGGAAAGAUUUCUAUGCAACUAGAGACCUAGGAGAUAAACUGUACGGGUGGGUAGCAAGAGAGGAUGACUACUACUCAAACAGUAUCAUUGGUGAUCAUCUACGUAAAAAUGGAGAUUUGAAGACUGUUUCUGGUAAGGAAGCAGAAGAUCAAAGGAAAGCAUCAAAGCUGGUCAAUAAUUUGACCAAUACCUUGGAGAUGAAGAAUAGGCAUAUGAAGGAAAUGCAAACCAAAUAUCUCGAGACAAAUGCCUCACUCAAUAAAGUUAUGGCCCAGAAGGAUGAGAUGCUCAAAUGUUACAAUGAAGAAAUAAGAAAGAUGGAGCAGAAUGAACGUGAUUAUUUUAAGAAGAUUUUAUUUGAUCAUGAUCAAGUUAUGGUGCAAUUGGAUGGUAAGAAAAAAGAACUAAAGAAUCGCGAGAAGUAUCUACUAGAACGUGAUGCUCGAAAUGAAACUGAGAGAAGGAGAGUCCAACAUGAGAAGAAAAUGAAUGAGAUGGCUGCCUUCGAGCAGAAAAAGGCUAAUGAGAAUAUGAUGAGGCUGGCGGAAGAUCAGAAGACAGAGAAGGAGAAGCUGCAUGGUAAAAUUCUUGAGCUGCAGAAGAAACUAGAUGACAAACAGGCACUGGAGCUAGAGAUAGAGCAAUUAAGAGGGGCAUUGCAAGUAAUGAAGCACAUGGCAGAGGAAGAAGAUGGGGAUGUCAAGAAAAAGAUAAACUCAAUUCGAGAAGAACUAAAGGAGAAGGAAGAAGAACUUGAUGGUUUGGAAGAUUUGAAUCAAGCUCUUAUUAUCAAUGAGCGCAAGACAAAUGAUGAAUUGCAGGAUGCCCGUAAGGAGUUAAUCAAUUAUUUGAGGGACGGAACAAAUCGUACCUUUAUUGGUGUUAAGAGAAUGGGGGAGCUUGAUGAGAAACCAUUCAUCAGCACAAUGAAGAAAAAACACACUGACAAUGCAGAGGAGGAAACGAUUCAGCUUUGUUCCCAGUGGGAGGAUUACCUAAGGGAUCCAAGCUGGCAUCCUUUUAAAAUCAUCAUGGAUAAGGAAGGAAAGAGCACGGAAAUAAUAAAUGAUGAGGAUGAAAAGUUAAAAGGUCUGAAGAAUGAGUUUGGUGAUGAGGUAUAUAACGCCGUGAUAAAAGCCGUAAAAGAGAUGAAUGAGUACAAUCCAAGUGGUAGGUACCCUGUACCAGAAUUAUGGAAUUUCAAGGAAGGAAGGAAGGCAACUUUGAAAGAGGGGGUGUCGCAUUUACUGAAGCAAUGGAAACUGCAUAAACGAAGGCGAACCUGAAGGUAGGUUUCUUAACACGGCAUUCACAUCUCAGAUCAUUUACUUGAAACAGAUGGAGCAUGAGUAAAAUGUGAAUAUGUUUAUUAUUCUCGGAGUUGUAUAGAAAUUAGUAAAAAGUUAAGAGAUGGUUUUUGAAACAAA